AGUCCAGUGCUCUAUCCACUGAGCUAACCAGGAGGCAGUUAAAGUUCAGCAAAUAGCUGGUUUAAAUGGGGUCCAAAGUUGUUGGAUUGGUGGUAUGGCAAAAGAAAUGUUUCAAUUGAACAUUUAGCGCCUACAUAAACACUUUUUUUUGUCUUUUUUGUCUCGUAGGAGGCCUCUCUUAUAUAAGCCUUAAAGUUUCUGGAGGUCCCCUUACCAUCCAAAAUUAUGCAAGAGGUUACUGAGUCUAGCAAAAGAUGAGGGUCUCACAACUUGCAGUCAAGAAGGUGGCAUAAGAAGAAUUGUGCUGAACAAUCCAAAACGAAGGAAUGCCCUUUCCUUGAAAAUGCUGGAUGCAAUUAAGUCAAACCUACUUCACCACUUAGACUCUGAUUUAAGAGUUAUUGUCUUGUCUGCUGAGGGAGGUGUUUUUUCCUCUGGACAUGACCUUAAAGAACUGACAGAAGAGGAAGGCACAGACCAUCAUGCACAAGUCUUUCAUCGUUGUACUGAAGUCAUGAAACUUGUUCAGGAUAUACCUGUACCUGUCAUAGCGCAAGUGAAUGGACUUGCAACUGCUGCAGGAUGCCAGUUAGUAGCCAGUUGUGAUAUUGCUGUGGCCUCCACCAAGUCACAAUUUGCUACGCCAGGUGUCAACAUUGGGUUGUUUUGUUCAACUCCUGGAGUUGCUUUGGCUCGUGCUGUGCCAAGAAAAGUGGCAUUAGAAAUGUUAUUAACUGGAAACCCUAUCGGUGCAGAUGAUGCUCUCAAGUCUGGCCUUCUUAGCAAGGUUGUACCUGAGGAAAGCCUUGAAGAAGAAGUCAAUGCGAUUGCGAAUAAGAUUGCCUCCCUGAGUCAGCCUGUUGUAGCUAUGGGAAAGUCAUGUUUCUACUCGCAAACCAUGAGGGGACGGGAUCAAGCUUAUGUAGAGGCGGAGGCAGUAAUGGUUGAGAACCUGAAACUUCAUGAUGGGCAAGAAGGAAUCAAGGCUUUUCUCCAAAAGAGGAAGCCAUCUUGGACACACGCAACUGACUGACAUUAGCUGUAGUUAGAAAUUAAACAAUAAUCCAUUGCGUUGGUUUCACUUUACUUAGUUACUCUCUGUAAUUACUUAUUAAAACGAGAGAACGGGAACAAGGUUGAUAUUCCAUCAGUACAAAAAAAAAAUCGCUUUACAUACCUCAAUCAUACCUCAAUUUAAUUUAACGAUCUCAGUUUGUUGGAGACAAUCAGGCAUGUUUGUGGAGGCUGAAAAACUCGCGACACAUCAAGACCAAAUUCGACGAGCUAUACUGGUCUGAGCCAAAUUCGAACUCUGAACCUCUUUGGUCAAUGAUAUGAUGAUGAAGAUCGAGAUUAAUGACAUCACAAAGAAACUAAAUUAUUUUAUCCUUUCUUGGAUAGAAAUUUUAAUUAUUAUUUGUAACUAGAUUAACCUGGCAAAAUGUUACACCAACGCAUACAAAUGUUUACUUUAACUAUUGUAAUGUUUUUGCAUGUAACAUGUUACAAAAAUAAAUAAAUAAACGGAAAUAACGCGACAAACUGAUGAUGGCAUAACUGAGCCAUGCCAAGAA